AUGGAGAUCUUGAUAUUAGUACUGCAACAUCACUUUAAACAUGCAAUGUCGGAAUUGGAUGAUACAAAUGGUCUAACAGUAAACCAGUCGCAGAAUCCUAAUGAUCAGCAAUAUCAAUUUCAUUCUUGUCGGUGGUCAACUACAACUAAUCAUAUACCUUUAAACCAGUUGCCGAUUCCUAAUGGUCAGCAAAAUCAUCUAUGGUCUACACCAAAUAAUCAUGCUUGUACCAAUCUUGGAGCUUCUACCAUUCCACCAGCAGCUAACGAUCAAUGGUUUCCUUAUAAGGAUCCUGCGUGUUCCAGUCUUGGAGCUCCUACCGUUCCACCAGAAGCUUAUGGUCAAUUGUUGCCAUAUACUGAUCCUGCGUAUUACUAUCCAGUACUAUAUUCAACCGCUGCACCAGCAGCUACUAUUCAAUGGCCGACAUCUACUGAUUUUGCUUAUCCUUUAGCAGCCGCACUACAAACGCUACCCGAUGACAUGCUACAAGAGCUAUAUCAACAAUGCCAACGGCAAUCGCAGCUUCAACAGAACUUCUCACUAGAAGAGCAGCAAAGACUUCAAAGUAAAGUAAACAACAACGGGCUUCAAGGAGUAGUAAGGCCACCCGAAAAGCCGCCACAAGACCUAUAUGGACAAUGUCAACCGCAAUCGCAGCUGCAACAGAACCUCUCAGUAGAAGAGCUGCAAAGACUUGAAGUUAAAUAUCGAGCAAACAGCAACGAGCUGCAAGGAGUAAUACCGCAGCAACAGCAUCAUCAGGAACAAGAAGCAAUGCAGACACAAGGAGAUCCACUGAAUCGAAUACCUGUUCAAUCUGAAGCUUCAAACCAUUCAGAUAGUGGUAAGUAG